AUGUCGGCGGGGACGGACUGGCCGAGAGAAGACGCAUCCUUUAAGGUUGGUCAAGUGAGGCAUUUGGUUGAACAGGUUGCUGGCGUCGUCAGGCGUGGGGCAAGGGCAAGAGUUGGGGUCGAUUUGGUAGAUAGCGAAGGCAAGAAGCGGAUAGCUCCUAUCUGGAUCCAUGGAUUUCUCUGGAGGAGGCUGAAUCGAGUGCUGUUCUGCCUGCAUCCGAUAUCGAUGGCUACUUCUGAGGUGGUCAUUUCACUCGAGAUCCGCAAUUCGCUAGACAUGCUCUCCGAGGGAAAAGUUCUCUCUCGUGGAUUGCGCUAUCGAAUGAGAACAGCAAUUAAUGAUCUCCAGAAAAUCUUGAGCACCUCCAAGUUACUGGAAUCCAGCACCGACGACGACCAGCGAGGCAACGACCACGGAUCUUGCCUCCAGGAUCGAGCUCGAGGUGCUGUGGACAUCGCCCAUCAGAUCCUCCUGGAAGCAUCGCAACACUUGAUGUCUUCCAAGGGCCGCCUCGCAAACAUUCAUGCAUUAGUCCGCUUCAUGUCGCUCAGGAUACAUGUGCGCGCCACCGAAAAGAAGGCUCUAGAUUUCCUCAGAGGCGUCGAGGAAUUGUCCAAUCAUCUUCCCCGGGGGCAAGGUCUGCCUCCUAAUGAUCUGCUUAGUCUUGAUGAAAAUGCUUCAUCUAAGAAUGCAGAUCAAGGGAAUGUAGGUCGGACUUGGAAGAUCGAGUCGGAUAUUGUGGGCCGUAAAGAUGAAGCUUGCAAGCUCCUAGCUCAGUUGAUAGUGGAAGAUGGCGAUCAGGAUGCGUUGCCACUUCGCAUCGUUUGGGUGGUGGGGAAAGAAGCCAGCGGCAAGACGGCCCUUGUGAGGAGCGUGUACAACAGACUCGAGAUAGAUCAUAGCUUCCAAUUUUGCGUCUGGGUUGGUGUUCAUGAAAAAUUCACCUUGAAAGAUCUCUUGGUGACGAUACUGAAGCAAACACCUCAGAAAGAACUGAAGGAUCUAGAGCACAUAGAGGAAGAAAACCUGAAAGAGAUCCUUCAUAAGGCCUUAAUGGAAUUGAAGUAUCUCAUUGUGUUCGACAAUUUGCAUAAGGUCGAGCACAUGGACGAGCUCAUGAUCUUUCUCCCAGACUCGAGGAGUGGAAGCAGAGUCAUCAUCACUGCUCGGGAUCCUGAAAUUCCAUCAUUUAUGGAUCCUUGGGCUUCUCCUGUCGAGUUGCAUGAAUUAGAUGCAGACCAGAGCGAGUGCCUGUUGGGGGAAUGCGGCUCCUUUGCUGCAGAUACACGUCUUAAAGCGAGCAUCCUGAGCAAGUGCAAUGGCUCUCCUCCGGGGAUUUUGCUGCUCGGAGGACUUGUGGUGGCAAGCGGCGAUGCUUCUCCUGUCAUGGUGGAUCGGCACGCUGAAAAUCCCACAUUCAGUGACAUCAUGUCCUUGAGCUACAACAAAUUGCCUUCCAUCCUCAAGCCUUGUUUACUUUAUUUGUGCCUCUUUCCAAAAGACUCGGAGAUCUCAACGAGGAGGCUCUUCCGGCUGUGGCUUGCCGAAGGAUUGGUCAAAGAGGACGGGUUCAAUGCCGAGCAGUGCUUUCAAGAAUUGGCUGGUCGAAACUGGGUAAAUGUGGUGAGAUAUAAGAAGCUCGUCAGAACGGCCAAAUCGUGCCGUGUGCCUAGUUUCAUACACGAUUUCUUGUGCAAGAGGGCAAAGCAACUCAGACCCCAGAUCCAUUCGAACACCAAGUCCACUAAUCAUAGUGAGCAACCAAAGGUUGAUAAUGGCUGCUCAUCGUGGAUUGUCCAAAAUCAAGAGGAUCACCAAGGAUUUCAACUCCAAUACCUCCGUUCCUAUGUAUCCUUCAACACGCAGAAGCAAGGGACGCGCUCGAGGGACGUGGAAGAGUUGCUCCAGCCAUUGAUUGCAAGGGGGGACUGUGGUCUGCUCAGGGUGCUCGACCUGGAGGGGGUUUACAAGCCGUUGCUCCCGAACAAACUUGGCAAUGUACUGCCAGACCUGAGGUACUUGGGAUUGCGAUGGACAGUCCUUGAUUCGAUCCCGGAAACCAUCGGGAACAUGUCCUGCCUCGAGACUUUAGAUCUAAAGUACACUAAUGUUAGGAGUUUGCCGAGUUCGAUUUGGAAGGUGAAGUCCCUCCAGCACCUGUACAUGAAUGAGGUAUGCUUUGAUAAGUCUACCAAUCUUCGUAAACAAUCUGCGAAGUACCCGAGCAAUCUCCAAACAUUAUGGGGGUUAUAUAUCGGAGUCGCUAAGAGUCCCAUGCUCAAUGUGCUUAGAAAAUUGACCAGGCUCAAGAAAUUGGGGCUGACGUGUGAUUCUCCGGUGAUCAAGGAAGCGACCGAGUGCAUCUCAAAUCUCACAGAGCUGCAAUCCCUCAAGCUGAGAUCCAGGGAUCUCUUCGGUCAGCCCUCGGAACUCAGCUUGGGCAACAUGAGGGGACUCGACUCGCUUUCGGAGCUGUACUUGCUGGGGAGCUUGCCCGUGGGAGACGGCUUGACACUCCUUCCUCAGAACCUGAAAAUCCUUACCUUGUCCAUGUCAGGACUAGACGAUCAUUCCAUAGAAGUCCUGGGAGGGUUCCAGAGCUUGGAAAUCCUCAACCUACUUGCACGCUCUUACGCUGGUGAAAACCUGAACUGUGGCUCAGGUUCAUUCCCAAGGCUCCGCGUCCUCAAAUUGUGGAUGUUGGAGAAAGUGAAAGAAGCUCAUGUAGACAAAACCGCUCUUUCUCGCUUGGAAGAGCUGGAGAUCAAGAACUGCGGACUCCUAGCGUCUGUUGAUUCAUUGGAUCAUAUUCAAUUCCUGAAAAAAAUUAGUUUGAUUGAAGUGAAGGAAGAACUGGCUACGAACAUCAAAGGACGACUGACCGGAAAGCUAUUCAUCAACGGGAAGCAAUUGGUGACCUCUUCUUCUUCUUCUUCCCGCCAAGUAUUCAUCAAAGAGACGCAAUUGGUGACCUCUUCUUCUUCUGCGCAGGCAAGGCAAGAUAAUUGA